AUGGCUCCGCCUGCAACAACGCUCACAUUUUCCACCGCCUUAAGCCUCCAAGAGAAGCUUGUGUCUGGGUCACUUACGAGCCGGCAGCUGGUUGAGGCUUGUCUACAACAGAUUGAAAGCCAUAAUGGAGUCUUGAAUGCCUUGAUAAGCGUCUGCCCUGACUACGUAGUUCUGAGUAGGGCCGAUGAGCUUGACAAGGAGAGACGAGAGGGACAUGUCCGGAGUAGACUGCAUGGGAUACCUGUCGUGGUCAAGGAUACCUUCAUUACCCAUAAGGACUUGGGUAUGCCUACAACUGCUGGCGCCCAUGCUUUCGCGUCGAUGACAGCACUCAAUAAUGCCUCGGUGGUCGAGAAAUUGCUUCACGCCGGUCUCAUCAUUAUUGGGAAGGGCAACAUGACAGAGUUCUGUGGUCUCAAGUGCUUGAUUUGCCCUCUCAUGAUACCAUCAGCUGCUGACGGACGCAGAUCUAAUGACACGCCGGUGGGGUGGAGCGCCUUUGGUGGCCAGACGGAGUCACCAUACCGCCGUGAUGGUCUUUCCGAAAACGAACAACCAAUCGCUGGGGGUUCUUCAUCCGGGUCGGCGGUAUCCAUUGCCUCCGGCUUCUGUCCGCUGGCCAUCGGCACAGAGACAUCCGGCUCGACUGUAUACCCAGCAAGCCUUUCGGGACUGUACGCUAUGAAGCCCACGCCAAGCUUGAUACCGACGGAUGGGGUCUUUAAGUUGAGCUCCAGCUUCGACAGUAUCGGACUAAUGGCCAGGGAUCCGUGUGACCUGGUGACUCUCGCCGAGAUACUGGUAGGUACCCAGACUGAGGGUUCCCUUGGCGACAUCCCAAAAUUCGAGGUCAGCGACAGCUGGGAGGGGCUUUCCGUGGGUAUUGCCGACGUUCUCUGGGGCAUUCAUGAGACAGGGGUGAACAAAUGGGGGCACUCCCAUGUGCGAGCCUCUUGGAAGGACGCAGUGGACAGGAUGCGUGGUGCCGGAGCCCGCGUCGUGUAUCCUAUCGAGCUACCAGCCUACGAUACGGUCAUCCACGACAAGCAGACACUCCACACCAUCGCUUACCAUGAGUUCUCGUCUCAGGUGAAGAAGUUUGCCGGUAAUUUCGAUCCUGAGACCGGAGAUAUUAAAACUCUCGAGGAUGUCGUUGCUUGGAACAAGGACCAUGCGGAUGAAGCCUUGCCUCCUCCCUAUAUAACGCAGACAGAACUCGAGGCAGCCCUAGUCGCGGCAAUGGCCAUGACGGAAGCCGAGCACCAGGCAGCGGUCUCUGAGGUUCGACGGCUUUCAGGCAUUGACGGACUGGGAAGGGCCAUGCGGGAAGCACAAGUGGACGUCAUUGUGUCCGCUUCGGACUCCAUCGCCGUCGGCUUCGCGGGGGCCGCAGGAUGGCCGAUCGCGACCGUUCCUUUGGGGAACCUCGAGACUAACGGACAGCCUUUCGGACUCUUCGUGACCGCACCCGAGGGGAGGGAGGACUUGUUAUUCAGGUUUAUGGGUGCAUUCUACGCAACGUUCCAGGCUAUCGAGAAGCCUGCACAACUCUGA